AUGGCGUCUGCAAUGGCGACCAAGCGUCUACGUAAAGAGUACUUGGCUAUGCAACGGAAGCCCGUAGACUACAUUCAGGCAGUACCAUUAGAGUCUAAUAUUCUUGAAUGGCACUAUGUAAUCACUGGUACAAAGGACACACCGUAUGAAGACGGUUAUUAUCAUGGUAAACUGAAAUUCCCUCCUGAGUAUCCAAUGAAGCCUCCAUCUGUACUGAUGAUUACACCUAAUGGUCGAUUUAAGACAAAUCAAAGACUUUGUCUUAGUAUGUCGGAUUUCCACCCCGAGACAUGGAACCCCAUGUGGUCCGUCAGUUCUAUUCUCACAGGGCUAUACUCAUUUAUGCUGGAACAUCAAGCAACUUUGGGGAGUAUUAAUACUACCGAUGCACAGAAGAAAAAGUAUGCGGCAGCGUCGUUGGAGACGAAUUGUAGUAAUGCUACCUUUCGAAAAUUGUUUCCUGAUCUGGUAGCAUUACAUGAAGAACGUGAGAAAAAUCGAGAAUUGCUACGACAACUUGCACCAACAGGAGAUGGAAUGACACCUUGUACUAGUACGAAAGGGGAUACAGCUUCUGAAAACGAAUGGUCUACGAUAAUGUGCUUGAUCGGUGGUAUGGUUGUGAUGGCCACUUUGACGGUUUAUUGGCUGUCAUAA